CAUUCGGCACGAACCGUUUGCAUAGUCUACUAAAGACAUGAUGACGCUUCGUGAGGGCAAAUUCACGGACGAGUACACGAUUGAGAAAGAAAUCGGAAGAGGUGGCUUUUCUGUCGUAUUGGAGUGUAGACAUAAUGCCACCGGCAAUCCCUAUGCCGUGAAGCUAAUUAAGAAGCUGGACACGGCCAGGGAAGCGACGGGAACGAGUGAUGAAGUGAUUAGGCGCGAAGUCGAGGCUCUGCGACUGGCGAGAGGUCAUCCGAAGCUUGUACAGCUCGUAAAUGCUUUCAACACGCUAUCAGAGGCGGCACUCGUGUUUGAAAUAGUCAGAGGAGGCGAGUUGUUCGAUUAUUUGGCUUCUAGGGAUGUGUUUGAGGAGGAGGAGGCGAUAACGUUUAUGAAACAGCUCCUUGAUGGCUUAGGGUAUCUCCACAAGCGCUCUGUCGUGCAUUUAGACAUCAAGCCGGAGAAUAUUUUAUUGCUUGAGAAGUCGUCGGUGGCUUCUAUCAAGCUGAUAGACUUCGGACUGGCGCGGAAGCUGGAUCCGGAAAAACGGGAAACGGAAGAAUUCGGAACACCGGAAUUUGUGUGUCCGGAGAUUGUCUAUUGUGAGCCGUUGACCGUGGCUGCUGAUAUGUGGUCAGUAGGUGUCAUCACGUAUAUAUUACUGAGUGGAAUGUCGCCUUUUCUUGGUGACACAGAUAAAGAAACAAUUUACAACAUCAGAUCAGUCUCUUAUCACAUGGAAGAAGACUUUGCUGAGUCAGAGGUGUCUAAAGAAGCCAAAGAUUUUAUUCAGGGUUUACUUGUUGAAGAUUCCAGGGAGCGUAUGUCUGCUGAUGAAUGCGAAAGUCACCAUUGGCUCAAUCCUGAAUGUUUUCGUGUACGUCGAAAAAGUGUUAUUGUCACAGAUCGGCUACGACAGUUUAAUGCAAGGAGGAAGUGGCAUAGUGCUGUGCAAGUUGUUCAGGCAUCUUCAUUUAUUAGACGAUUGUCACUGAUGAGAAAGUUGAAAUCAACUUUAACUGAUAGCCAAUUGCUUGCCCAUGAAACUGAGGACUCCCCUGGGUGUAUUAGUUCUUCAUCCAGUGAUGUUGAUGCAGAUGAUUUAGUGCCUUUAAUUCCAGGGCGACAUCAUAGGCAACCUACAGUAUCAUGUUCAUCAUUUUCCAUACAAGAAGAUCAACAUGAACCAACUGAAGAUUCUUGUUUCACUGGUUAUUUGCAAGAAUCAUCACACAGUCCAAACGAACAAUUUUUGUUUCCAGAAAGGGUUCGUUUGACAUCUGCAGAUAGUGGAAUCAACUUGAUUCCUACUACAUCUCACAGAGGCAAACGUCAAAGGAGGCGCCACUCAGUGAGUAUCCAUCGCUGCUGUCAAUACCUCGUGUACAACGAAGGUUCCUUUGAUGAUUGGAGGCAUGAUCAAUGUGAUACAGAAGCAAGUUGUUUGUGGGAUAGAGACGACAGUAAAUUUUCAAUCAAGUCGAAGGUUGGAGAGUGUGUGGGUGUGCCAAAUGAAUCAGAAUGUGACAAAGAGGAUGCACGUCGUGUGCCAGAAUCCACAUCAGCGUUCGUGCUGGCCGAUCUAUUCGCCGCCGUCGACGACGGAAAUCUAUCAACCGUACAGCAGCUGUUAGACCAGCCGGGCGUCUCAGUGAACAGCACAAACAAGCACGGCGAGUCGCCUCUACAUAUUGCCAGCGGCAGCAACCACUUGGAUAUUGUGAGUUGGCUGUACGAGAAGGGCGCGUUCAUUGACGUGAAGGAUAAACACGGUGAUACUCCUCUCUACUGGGCGGCUCGUCAUGGGCAUUUGACUACCGUGCAAUUUCUGUGUGGGAAAGGUGCAGCGAUCAAUGCACAGAACCGAUCUGGUGAGACAAGUGUGCAUGUUGCUUGUCGUUAUGGCUACACUGAUGUCGUUGAAUACCUCUGCACAAUUGGUGCAUCCUUGGAUGUCCAAGAUCACGAUGGAGAGACACCACUGCAUUGCGCAUGCUGGCAUGGAUUCUAUGACAUUGUUCAGUGUCUUUGUACUGCAAGAGUUGCUUUAGACAAGCAAAACAAGGACAACGAGACUCCUCUGCACAUCGCUGCUGUUCGUGGGUUUUUGGAUAUCGUUCGAUGUCUCUGUGAAGCAGAAUGUCAAACUGAUGUGCAAGAGAAGCAUGGUUGUCCGGCUGUUCAUCUUGCUGUGCGUCGACAGCAUCUCGAUAUUGUACAAUAUCUUGUCAACGCUGGUGCCUCUCUUGACAUACAGGACAAGCAAGGUGAGACAGCAAUUCAUGAUGCCUGUCGUGACGGUCAUUUGCCUAUUGUUCACACACUGUAUGCUGGAGGGUGUGACUUGAAUAUUCCAAACAAACAUGGUUGUACUCCCUUACAGUUGGCCUCAAACAACGGGCAUUUUGAAGUUGUUCGUUGCCUUGUGAUUGGUGGGUGUGACCUUCAUGCUUCUAACCAUGCUGGACAAACUGCUGACGGGAUUGCGACAAAGAGCGGCCAUACUGAGAUAGCCAAUUUACUGAAACGAGUUAAACAGCCAAACAUGCAGUCGUACUAUAUUGAUCAGUUGGCUAUCAAUGCUGUGCCAUUUUGCAAAGUCAAGUUGUACGUCUGUGGCCAUGCGGCCGUCGGCAAAACAACCCUAAUCGGGGCCCUCAAGUGCACGCUGUUUAAGAGCCUCUUCCGCUGGAAAUCUCCACCAGAAAACCUCCAAGACGUUUCUCGCCGAACGCACGGAAUUCGGAUCGAAGAAGCAGUCAUUCCACGUGCCGGGCUGUUUACCAUAUGGGAUCUCUCUGGAAGCAAGAGUUACUACCCGUCGCAUGAGAUUUUUCUUGGCGAUUCAAACACCGUCUACCUCAUUCUGUUCAGUCUCCACGACAUGCCGGAGAAGCAGUGGAGUGAAGUCAAACUGUGGAUGGCUCUCAUCAAAGCGAAGCUCCCACAGGAUGAUAUUCUGAGAAAUCGUGGAGCAAGUCGGCACCAGCCGUUUAUCAUUCUUGUUGCUACACGAGGGGAGGCUGGUACUGCCAAGAGAGAUCCGGUUACUGGCUUUCUUGUGAGCUUUGAAGCGGACACUGUCUUGCAGAAAGUUCAGGCAGAGUUUGGUCUGUACUUUGAUAUCUGUGAGAGAGUGUUUGUUGUGGAUGCAAGGCAUCCGCAGUCGCGUGAUAUGAAGGCUUUGAGAAUGUAUCUGGGACAAGUGAGAGAGACGAUGAUCAAGAAUGGACCCAAGACACCGAAGCUUUGCAAUACGAUUGCCUCACACCUUCCCACAUGGCGCUAUAUCCAUGACGAUUUUCCUGUACUGCCAUGGAACGAUUUCUUAGCUGAAGUCGAGCGUCACAUCAAUCCACUCGUUGGAAGCGAAAAACUGAAGCUCUCAACCAAGUUCUUGAACGACACAGGCGAUUUAAUAUACGUUGAUCGCGGUGCUGUCAGCAACCUGGUCAUCAUUCAUCCCGAUUUCGUGGGGUCCGACAUGCUCGGUAAUGCACUCGCCCCAGAAGGCACAACUCGUCCUCACAUCCGCACGAUGACCGGCCGCGUUCCACUCCACGAGGUCAGUCGUGUCUACCCAGGCAUCAAUCCUCUCUCAAUCAUGCGCCUCUUCGAGCACUUCGAUCUCUGCCGCGAAUGUCCAAACCAAGAAAACCACUUCGAGUUUCCAGUUCUCAUGCAGUUCGAUAAGCUUCAUGGCUUAUGGGAAUCGGAUGCAGAGUUUCCGGUUUAUCUCGGGCUGCGCGUUCAGUGUCGUACUCCACAAGAUAUCUUCACACCUGGUUUCUUUCCAAAGCUCCAGCUACGUCUACGGCAGCAGUUCUGUGAUGAUUUCGACGAUCAGGAACUGACCCUCUGGAGUGAGGGUCUGAAGUGUGUCCGUGGCGACACAGAAAUUAAGCUGGAGCUCGCACCCGACGGUCACUCAAUAUCGAUUAUGGUUCGCGGCUCCAGUGAGGCUCGCAGAGAAUGCGUAGCUCACCUUCAACGAUUUCACCAAGUUGUACAGUCAACGCUUGAGCUCCACUGCCCCGGCACGUACGUCACACCUCAAGUAUUGAGUGUGCAUGAAAUGAAGGCACAUCGUCCUGAAGCCUGGUAUGAGCCUGAGCAGAUCUUUCAAGCUCAGAGGAGCACAGGCAUUGUGCACCAUCGGCUUGGAUUCACCGAGAAUCUCUCCAGCCUUCUCUGUUGCGGCUGCCCUGAGAUGCUGUUGGCUGCCAAAUCGGCGCCUCUUGUUCACAUCAAGAACAUUGAUAUCAAAACACGUCGAGAAUUGAGUCGCCUGUUGGACCCACCUGAUCCUCUUGGUCGAGAUUGGUGCCUAUUGGCUUUGUCUCUCGGUCUAAUGGAGGAGCUUCCGGUGAUUGAUAUGAGGCAGGGCCUCGUCAGUAGUGCAACCGAUCGAGUCCUUCGUGAGUUCGAACGACGAUCGAGCAGCACGGUCUCUAUCUUGGUCGACGCUCUUCGAGAGAUCGGACGCCAUGAUGCCGUGCAAGCCGUCGUCAGUGGCCUGCCUCUUGCCUUCAAGAUGGACAACGACGUUGUUGUCAAUGUAAAGGGAGUUGAGAUGACGUCAUACGCCUGCUGAGUUUGGAGACUCGACGCCAGCGCUCGUGUACAUUUGCAUGAAAACGAUUUUUUGUACGUCUGAGAUACUGACCGAUUAAUUACGCUUCUCUAUUUGAUGAUGCCAGACUGCACACUAUUUUUGUAGUAAAUCUUCAUUUGCUAUCUCAUGUUUGAUUAGAUAUUCAAAGCGCGUGAUUUAUUGCGCCAUGCGUACAUGUACCAGUUUAGCGUGCGCACUGUGAUUGGUAAAGCUCGUGUUUUAGGUGUA